AUGAGAGAGUUUGAUCAAGAUGCUGGUUCACAAGCCUCGAUUGAUGUCAUGAAACAGUGGAUUGAUCACUGUCAGAAGACACACGAUCAUGCUCCAACAGGUCAUUAUCGUGGGCCUUCACGUCUGAUCAAGCUGAGUAAGAAUGAAGAGCAUAAGGCACAGAUCUGCUCACCGAGAGUUCCGGUGAAGUUCGCUGCGCUUUCCUAUCGUUGGGGAGCAGACGCGAACUCUGCAACCUUGCAAGCCAAUGUCAAAGAACGUUACAAGAAGCUGGUAACAUCAGACUUUCCUCAAACUCUCCAAGACGCUAUUCGCGUUACUAGAGGACUGGGCCUCGAAUACCUCUGGAUUGAUCGGAUCUGUAUCAUCCAAGACGACGAUGAUGAUUGGGCGAGGGAGGCAUCAAUCAUGGCCGACAUCUACGAGACUGCAUAUGUUGUCGUAUCAGCCACCGCCACCGAAGAUUGCAGAGAUGGCUUCUUGAGAAAGAGUUCGAGGCCACCGCUCGUUCUCAAGUACACACAGCCUGGCCAGGGAACCUUUGAAGUGCGAGCAAGACAAAUUGAAGGCCACAAUUGUGACUGGAAGGCACCGAAUAUCCACUACGCAUUGGAUUCACGGGGUUGGUGCUUCCAAGAAAGAUAUCUAGCCCGCCGCACUAUCCACUUCCUGCCCACCGAGAUCGUCUUCCAGUGCGAGCUUGAAAGACAAUGUGAGUGUGGCGCAGCUAGCAAGGAGGACUUUGACUACAGCGAAGACGACGGACUUGGCACCUUUCUAGACCUGCGGGACGAGCCGAACCUUGACCCCAAGAAAUUCUUUUUUGGAGCCGAUUGGAUGCUAAUUGCGUCGGAGUACAGCAAGAUGAAUCUCACCUAUGGAGGCGAUUCACUUCCGGCGCUCUCAGGUCUUGCAGCCUCUCUAGCGCACUUGAAGGCUGGCGAAUUCAUCGCUGGACUUUGGCAGAAAGACAUCGUAUUCCAACUCGCAUGGCACAUUAAGCCAAGCCUUGAUUACCGGCGCUGGACCUUUCCCGAACACGUUGACGUGCUGGGCCCCACGUUCUCAUGGAGCUCGCAUGCGCGUCCUGUUGUCAAAGGCCGUGAAGACGCUAAGAGAAAUAUAUGUACUCUGAAAAGCUUCGAGGUUGACCUGGCCACAUCCAAUCCUUACGGGAAAGUUCGACAUGCAUCGAUCCGCCUCAAUGGGCCGGUGGUGCCUGGACGUGACUUGAUUUCAUGGUACAAGACGUCCGAUGACAAGCAAGACACGGCGGACGUGUACCUUGACUCAGGGUUAUGUCUCAUGGUGCCAUUUCUUUACCGAGAUGCCAAGAAUACUGCGCAAUAUACGAAGCUCGAAAGGGAGAUAGACUGGGAUUCUGUGAUCUGCUUCGGGCUGUACGAAUGCGGAACCUGGGCAGCGAUGCAGCUUGAUGUUCUCUUACUGCAGCCAAGCAAGACGAGGAAGGGGGACUACGUCAGGAUUGGACUUGUUAGCGGCAUGUGGAAGCCCUGGUUCUAUGAUAGGGCCGUGGAGCGUACGAUUACCGUAGUCUAG